GAACAGGCAGAAGCCACAGAAGACGCACGAGCCUACCUGCGUCUAGCCUAAGCAAAUCGUUUCUUCCGGACCGCUCCACUGAGCGUACGUCUUUCCUUUGUAUUUUAUUGGCUCGUCAGGCUAUAUCGCCUUCUUGGAGCGACGUCGGUCCUUAGUAUUGCUACCACUUUCCUUUGGAGCCAGCUCCAUCAUUAUCAUGGCACGGCCGUCCUCCCCUUCUCGUCCUGCGACGGAGGCGACGCCGCUUCUGCCUCCCGCAACGCAGGAGACUUCCUUCUCGACUCCCUCUACUCCCUCGACAUCCACUCGGCAAAUCUCACCCGAUCUAGUGCGGGGCAUACUCAUGAUGCUCAUGGCCAUGGAUCACACUUCCGCUAAUCUCGGGGCCUACCCGCACGGAACCGGCACUGUCAGCGAGAGUCCAACCACGCCCAUUACUAGAUUUAGUGAUCCAUUUCCGUACGUUCUCAGAACUAGCACUCAUCUUUGUGCUGGCGGAUUCGCUAUGUUGAUGGGGAUGGGAGUGGUCUACUUUGCAGAAAGCCGGAAGCAACAGAUGUUGUCACCCUGGCAGCAGAUCAAGCACUACGCAGUACGAGCCAUCGCCAUCCUCGUCGUGAACACUCUCUCGUGCCACCUCACUAGUAUCAUUAGUAUGGGCCCCCACAUCUGGCUAUUCAACAUCGUGCUCCCUGCUCUGGCUCUGGAUUAUUUCCUGGCCGGUGUGCUGUACACGGGCAUCAUCUACUACCUGGAGCCUGCUUUGAGGAGCUCUUUGGAUGGACAGGUGAAGCAGUCGGCGUCUCGGCAACGAGAAGGAGAGGUGCAGCAGCACGUGUCCAACGACGCUCCGUCGGCCUCGACUAUGAAGACACACAGCAUAGUCAACAUCUUGUUGCUGAUACUCUCCGCAGUAGUGCUGUGGAUGAACGUCUGGACAUCUCCCAACGAAGGUCAAUGUGACAAGGCCGUAUCUCCAAUGACCAUAGGUGGCUCCCCGGCAGUGGAGACCAUACUGGGUCUCUCGUCUAUGCCUGAACAAGCUUCAUUCGCGGCAUUGACCGCAGACCCUGGUCAUUGUUCGUCUAUGGGAAGCGCAUUGUGGUGGCUUCUCUUCCAGAGUGUCACUUGCCUUGACCUAGGCAUCGUUUCAGUGUUCCCUCCCGUUGGCUGGCUCUCCUUUACCAUCUUCGGACUGAUCUAUGGUCGGAUGCUUCUAUCACCAGCGCGCAAGACCUCUACUGCUUUCCGAGCCUCAACCAUCAAUCUUGCCUUUACUAUCUUCUUUUCUCUCCUCUUCGUCUCCACCAGACUGCUACAGUAUGGCAAUCUCUCCACGGACUGUAUCAACACACAACACGACGCCUCACAAUCCUCUGCCUCGGCUAAUCAGUACCUCACUUCCUGGAGGGCCUUCUUCUACAUCGUCAAGUAUCCCCCAUCACCAGCAUACGCCUUCUUCUCUCUAGCAGGCAACUUCCUCCUCCUCUACCUCUUCUCCAUCAUCCUCUCCACCAGCUCCACCUCUCCCCUAGCAGGAGUAGGCACGUGCCUCUCCUCUCCACUCAACCCACUACUGGUAUACGGCACCAACCCCCUCUUCUUCUACGGCGCGCACUUCUGGGCAAUCAAGAUCGUCUCUCUCAUCCUUCCACACCUGCCCUUCAAGGGUACCAAGCCCACACUGGACGACCCGAACAAACCUGGAGGAGGCUGGAAUCGCCCAAGACCACAUGUUGGGCUUGGCUGGCUUUACUGGACUUCAGUGGGGGUGGUGCUGGUGAGCAUGUACUUUGCGUGUUUGAAGUAUGGACAAUUCAAGAGGACCAGGGGGAGGGAGAGCGUGUGGCGCUUCCUGUAGUGGAGAAGGUGGACUGAGUCACGUAAGGGGAGGUCUUCUCACUCACAGACGUGUGGCCAGUCUGCUUCUUCUCAACAAUGUGUAUAGCAUAACGUGACAAUGAACGGACAGUCUGUAACAAACGAGCCAGUGUGAGAGCGACAGGUAAUACCGCCCUCCUCAAUCCCUCCUCAGCAUGUCC